AUGCAUCGUCUACGCGAAGCCGGUCGGUGCUCAAGCGCAGCCCCUUCGGAAACCUCUGGAUCGACGUCACCAGAACGCGCUGGCGACGAUGACACGGAUUUCUUCAUGCAACAGGCCAACGACUCCCAGUCAUCACUCGGCGUGGCCAAUUUCCGCGACUCCCACCCUUCAAAUGCAAACUCCGUACAUUUGCCGCCGGUCGGCCGCCUCCCACCGGAAAUCCUGAUUGCGAUAUUCUCGAAAUUGUCAGCGCCUUCCGACAUGCUCAAUUGUAUGUUGGUGUGUCGUGGGUGGGCCGCAAAUUCUGUGGGGAUACUAUGGCAUCGGCCGACUUGCAACACUUGGAGUAAUCUGGGAAGCGUGGCCAUGUCGCUAGGAAAACCGGACAGCCUUUUCAAUUAUGCAGAUCUCAUUAAGAGACUGAACCUAUCCGCCCUUUCCGAAGAUGUCAACGAUGGCACUCUUGUCUCUUUCAACCAGUGCAAGCGACUUGAGCGACUGACUCUGACUGGCUGCAAGAACCUGACAGAUAAAAGCGUGUCGGACUUGGUGGAGGGGAACCGGCAUUUACAGGCGUUGGAUGUUUCCGAGUUGCGAAACCUUACCGAUCAUACAAUCGCCUUAGUACCCAGGGAUUGCCCCCGUUUGCAAGGACUCAACAUCACGAACUGUUCCAAAGUCACCGAUGAGGUUUUGCUUCUUGUAUCACAAAAGUGUCGCCAAAUUAAGAGGUUGAAACUCAAUGGGGUCUCCAAUAUCACAGACCGAACAAUCCAGUCAUUCGCAGAGAAUUGCCCAUCUAUCCUGGAAAUUGAUCUACAUGACUGUAGCCUUGUCACUAGCAAAUCGGUGACUCCAUUGCUUAUGACUUUGCGCCAUCUCCGUGAACUGCGGCUCGCCCAUUGUGUCGAGAUCGAUGACACUGCCUUCAUGUCGCUACCCCCUCACAUGAUAUUCGACAGUCUUCGCAUUCUCGAUUUGACCGCAUGCGAGCACGUUAGAGAUGACUCAGUAGAGCGAAUCGUGACCGUGGCUCCGCGAGUGCGCAAUUUGGUACUGGCCAAAUGCCGCUUCAUCACAGAUCGAUCUGUGAUGGCCAUUUGCCAACUAGGAAAGAACCUCCACUACGUUCAUCUCGGUCAUUGUUCCAACAUCACAGACACGGCCGUGAUUCAUUUGGUCAAGGCCUGCAACCGUAUUCGAUAUAUUGACCUGGCCUGCUGCAACCUCUUGACGGACCGUAGCGUGCAGCAGUUGGCAACCUUGCCCAAGCUGCGAAGAAUCGGGCUAGUCAAGUGUCAGGCUAUCACCGAUCAGAGCAUACUGGCACUGGCACGGCCCAGGAUGCACCAUGCUUCUGUCAGUAGCCUAGAGCGAGUUCACCUGAGCUAUUGCGUUCAGUUAAGGAUGAAGGGUAUCCAUGCUUUGUUGAACAAUUGCCCACGCCUGACACAUUUAAGUUUGACCGGCGUACAAGAGUUCCUCCGAGAUAACCUCACUGCAUUCUGCCGGGAAGCUCCCCCGGAGUUCACGCAACAGCAGCGGGAUGUUUUCUGUGUGUUCAGCGGUGAUGGUGUCAAUCGACUCCGUGAUCAUCUGAAUCAAAGUGAACCAUCAUUCCAGGGAGCCGAAGCUACGAUGUACGAUGACGACGAAGAACUCGACGAAGAUGAGGGCCAAAUGACCGGGCUGAUGAAUGCAACUGUCAUCAACGACGGAGACGACGAUUAUAUCGACGUCGGUCCUCUAAAUACUUGA